UGUUUUGAAGUAUGUCAGUAGCCACAUCUGUGAUUUCUUUCCUCUGCAUCUCGUAUUUCCAGAAAUUGAUUUACUGACAUGUAGAACAGAACAGUUUAAAAUCACAGCUGAAAGUUCAUGUGCUAAAACUUUCAUAUACACCUGCAAACUGGACAAUGAAGAUCUAAGUGGGUUUUCAUAUAGCUCAAAGUCUGUGGAACUGGUUGUUCACAAACCUAUAGAGCAAUCUCCAGACAGCCCUGUCACAUGCAACAAUGACAUAUAUGGUUUUGGAAAAGUUGGUGACAAGGUUGUAGGAGACUGUGUGAAAGAAAAAGUUGGCUUCAGAGAAGGAGAGUGUCGUUCUGAUGGCUUUUGGGUAACUGUAAAGGACACCUGUGUGCUUCGGAUCAUUGAACAACUGCAACAGGAAUCACAGGGUUUAGAUGCUGAAACAUUAACAGAUUUUGUGGAUAAAUUGAACAAUGCCACCAUAAACAAUGAAGGUGAGAUAGUUCAAUCUGAAGCUACAGUUUCAGCAAUGGUGGAAAUACUUAACAAUAUUGCAGAUGUCACUCAAACUGUUAUGCUGGAUGAAGUUGUGAUAACGAAUUUCCUUAGUAUAGUGGAUGUCAUUUCAUCAGAGACAGUGAAACCUGUAUGGGAACAGCUAAAUUCAAAUGGCGAAAGCCAAGGCAACAGCUCUCAACUCCUGAAUGCCAUUGAAAGUGUUAUAAAAGCGACAUCAAACAGCAAUUUCAACAUAACGAGUCCAACCAACUCAUUCCUGUUCAAAAAAGUAACAACAUCUGAAGACUUCAAUGAAGUAUUAAAGCUCAACUCAACAGCUGCAAUAAACAUCCCGGGUAUUGCAUCCAGUCACAAAAACGUUACAAUCACAGCUGUGGCCUUCUCCUCCCUGGGCAAUGUUAUGUCUGCAAGAAAUCGUACCGAUGACCUAAACACAACUGAAAAUGUCAUCAACGGACUGAUUGUUGUAGUGAAUACAAGCAUAUCUAUCAAAAACAUACAGCUAAACUUUGAAAAACUUAGAGAUUCAGUAACUCUAAAUAAUAAUUCAGUAAACCUUUGGAACCCCCAGUGUGUUUUCUGGGAAUUCAACCUUUUUAAUAGAACUGGAGGAUGGGACUCAACAGGAUGUGAGGUCAUACAAGUAAACGGCAAUGUCACGUCAUGUAAUCACACCACUUCGUUUUCGAUACUAAUGUCCCCUUUUGCUCCUGAAGAUCUUGCUUUGUCUGUCAUUACAUACGUUGGUGUUUCUAUUUCGAUAGGCAGCUUGGUUGUGUGCCUGAUCAUCGAAAUUAUCAUCUGGAAGGAAGUAUCUAGAAACUCUACAUCACAUGUUCGCCAUGUAUCCUUAGUCAAUAUUGCUCUUUCUCUCCUGAUCGCUGACAUAUGCUUCAUUAUCGGUGCUGCUAUCGUAAAGCCCGGAACGGACUAUAUUAACUCAUGUAGCACUACAGUGUUUUUCGCCCACUUCUUCUACUUGUCGCUGUUCUUCUGGAUGCUGGUCUCAGCCAUUCUGCUUCUCUACCGCACCACUAUGGUUUUCUCUCAAAUUUCCAAAUCGGUCAUGAUGGCAUUAGCCUUCGUUGUGGGCUACGGCGCACCUCUCCUCAUCUCGGUUAUUACCGUCGCCUCCACUGCUGGAAAUAAACACUAUGUCACAAAGAAUGAAGCAUGCUGGCUAAAUUGGGACCAGUCCAAGGCCCUUCUGGCUUUUGUCCUACCAGCUCUGGUCAUUGUGGCUGUCAAUAUAAUUACUGUGAUAAUAGUUGUGGUGAAAAUGAUCAGGAGGGGAGUGGGAGAGAGCAACAGAGACGAAAAGAACACCUUGGUGGUCAUUCUCAGAUGUGUGGCAAUUUUGACGCCCAUCUUCGGCAUCACUUGGGGUCUUGGCUUGGGCAUCAUGAUAGAGCCUAAAGCUUUGGCCAUCCACUACUUGUUUGCAAUCUUCAACUCCUUGCAGGGCUUCUUUAUACUGGUUCUCGGAACACUGAUGGAAAAGAAGGUUCGGGAGACACUUAAAAGAAAACUGAGAAUCACUAGACUCACUGGCUCCCAUACCACACAUACUUCAAGCUCUGGAGCCCAUUCCUAUGGCAGAAGCAGUUCUUCCAACAGAACGACUCUUACUGAUGUUUUCAACACCCUUAUGAGAAGAGGGAGGCAUGCUGGGGCAAAUUCCUCACACAACUCUGGAGCAUCAGAAAGUUUUCUAAACGCUUAGCUGGAUAGACAGGCGCCUUAAUUUCCUGUCAGAAUGUCUUUAUAAUGCUGGUUCUAGUGCCACAGACACAACUUCAUACUGAACAGUUUUGAUUUCUGUCUAGUACAAUGCUUUUCCAAAUGCUUCCAUUCACAGUUGAUUAGAUCUUGAAUAUUCAGUACUUUUUUCCUGUUUUCUAUUGGUGAUUCAGAUUGGCCAGUUUAGAUAAAAACAUAUGUUUGUACCAAAUUAGAUUUCUUACGUGUACACACGGUUUUAUGAAAACAGAAAUUAAAUUCCGGUUUCUGUUUGAACACUGUUUAGUGUACCAACACCUUUGUCCUUCCUCUCUAUUA